CUUACUCUGUUACGUUGGUAAACAAUAUGGCGGCCGUCUGAGUGUCCCCGUUGCAGUUUUCACAUUAUAAACAACAUCUCUCCUCUAAGACAGCGUCCUACUCAUGACAAACCGCUGUGAUCUCACACAAACACACGGAGCUGGAGAAGGCCGUCUGACGGACACGCGGCAUCCUUCAGUCUAUGGGCUCUCAGUCUAGUUCUGGGAUGUCUGGUGGGAGAAGCUCCUCCAGUGACAACCCAGCUGAACAGUCUGAAGCAGCAGAAUCAAAUCCCCCUAGCAGAACUGCAGAUAGACGGUCAUCAGACGAGGACUUCGACUUAGCUGAAGUGCUGGCUUACCUACUAAGGAGGGGCCAGGUCAGGCUGGUCCAUGGCAGUGGAGCCACAGGGCUGCAGUUGGUCCAGUCAUACUCUGACUCUGAUGAGGACAGUGAUGGAGCCUGGGAAGGUCGACUAGGUGAUCGCUACAACCCACCAGUGGAUGCUCAGCCGGACACACUCGAGGUUGACAAAAGUGAGAUCCGAACUCAGAUCCUGCUGGCUACUGCCUCUUCUGCCCAGAAAGUCCAACGCAGUUUUACCCACAUGCUAACAGAGAGAGAACAAGGCAGAUGUAGAGCAUCCAGUUUUUCUCACGGGGAGUGCAGUCGGAUACGCUCACACUACCUGCCAAACUAUGUGUCACACAAGGACACAUACGAGCAGAAAGCCUUCUGUGGAGUGUACAGUGAAGAUGGCAACAUGUUCCUCUCUGCCUGCCAAGACCAGAACAUCCGUCUGUACGAUACCACCAAGGGGCGUUUUAAUUUAGUCCGAACAGUGAAGGCUCGUGAUGUGGGUUGGAGCGUUCUCGACGUCUGCUUUACUCCCGAUGCUCACCAUGUUCUCUACUCCAGUUGGUCUGACUACAUUCACAUGUGCAGUUUAGAUGGAGACAGUGAACACCACACCGCCCUGGACCUCAAUCCAGACGAGAGAAGGUUUUGUGUAUUCUCCCUGGCUGCAUCCACAGAUGGCAAAGAGGUCCUGGGAGGAGCAAAUGAUGGUUGCCUGUAUGUUUAUGACCUUGAGCAGAAUAAAAGAACAUUGAAGAUUGAUGCCCAUGAAGACGACGUGAACGCUGUGGCAUUUGCGGACAGCUCAUCCCAGCUGCUAUUUUCUGGCAGCGACGACGCAGUGUGCAAGGUGUGGGACAGACGGAUGCUGCAAGAGGACAGACCUCAGCCCGUGGGACAGCUGGCUGGACACCGAGACGGCAUUACCUUCAUCCACAGCAAGGGAGAUGCACGCUAUCUGAUCAGCAACUCAAAGGACCAGUCCAUCAAACUCUGGGACAUCAGAAAAUUCUCACCCAAGGAAGGCCUGGCAGCCUCACGUCUGGCUGUCACACAUCAAAACUGGGAUUACCGCUGGCAGCAGGUUCCACCAAAAGCCUUGAAAAGACACAAACUGACUGGAGACACGUCGGUGAUGACCUAUCGUGGUCAUGGCGUUCUGCACACGCUCAUCCGCUGCCGAUUUUCACCAGAGUUCAGUACCGGUCAGAGGUUCAUCUACUCUGGCUGCUCAACGGGAAAAAUCGUCAUUUAUGAUGUGCUAACAGGCUCUGUUGUUUCUAAAUUGUCCAACCAUGACGCCUGUGUUAGGGACGUCAGCUGGCAUCCAUAUGAGGACAAUAUUAUCAGCAGUUCUUGGGACGGAGCAGUUCAGAUGUGGGAGCACAGACAAACACAUCCUCUUGAGGAGGAGCGAAAGAUGGACAGAGAAUGAUGGUGAGAAAGAAGAGGGAUGAGGAAAAGAUCUUGUAUGAAGAGAGCGAGAGAGAGAGAGAGAGAGAGAGAGAGAGGUCCAAACGGAGGUAAAUAAUAAGCCCAGAAGGACCGAGAGAGACUCGGAUGUCUUGUCUCGGAUGCUGGACAGAAAUGAUUUCUAUGUGUUUAUUUGAAGGGCAUUAAAGCCUGGAAUUAAGAAUUCAGCUUAAGCAAAUGACCUAUUUUUUCUUUACUUUUUAUUUCCUUACUGGCUGAGGUGUUUUAAUUAUUUGGGCUAUAAUUUCAAAUGUGCUGAAACAAUAUUAUUUCAGCAUACACUUCAGCUGGUGAUAUCUGAGCGUAAGCUAAGUCAUUAAGAAAAAAAAAUCAAGGCAAAAUAUAGCAGAGCAGAGUCUGAGGUGAAUGAUUGUGUAUAAUUGUAUAGUAUUUUAAUGAUGUGUUUGCACUCUAUAAGUGCAUUUAGAUUGUUGUUAGUGUGCUGACUUGACUACACUGUCACAUACCAGGGGCUGUCAAAGUUUAAGUUCAGUUUUUGUUUAAAAGAAUAUAUUGAAAAUGAAUAUAUUAAAAAAAAUAAAUAAGUGCUUUAAUUGCCAUAGACUAAACCCAGUGAGGUUCCCCACCGGUCCACUGGCUUUCUGUAACUCAGGAGAAGGGCACAAACACACAUACACACACACACAUACAGUUUUGCUGUUGAAUGAUCAAUAAUUAAGUGUGAAUUAUCUUCUGUCGUCUCAGGUCAGAAAACAUCACUGGCCUCUUGUCUUGUUUUUCACGCAGGUCAGCACGAAGCUCUUAACUCAAGUUCUGAGCCAGUAAAACAAAAGUUAACUUUGCUAUCAGUAUAGAACUCUAUAAAAGAGUUUGAGGGGAUCAUCAAACCUAGGGUUAGGUCUGAUGAAGGCGUGAGCAUUUCUACGCUGGGCUAAAAACUUAAACUCACUCAACUGUUAAAACAAUUUUAAGGUGUUAAUACCGAUUUUUUUCUCUCUGUUUUUGAACAAAAAAAAACAAUAAAAUUUUAUUUUAAAUGUU